UUUUGCCCGCAUCUAAUGUUUAUACCGUCGUUAAACAUGGCGUCUAAGGACCGUCGUAAGAGCGAUAGAAAACUGAACAAGAAAUCCGACGAAGUCAGUGUUGAUAAAACAGAAGAAAUUUUGACUGUUAUCUCAGAAAGUAUUGAGAGUCAAGUCUCUGAAGCUACUGUAUCAGUGGUGGAAUCAGAAAAAAUUUCCAAAGAAGUAACUCCAGAACCUGUUUAUGAUGAACCAACUUUAUCUGAACUGAUAAUAGAAAGCUGCACUUGUGAAAAAGUUAAAGGGCUCUAUCAAGGCGAAGGUGAAGCAAGAUUUAAAGAUGGACAUACUUACAAGGGCCAAUUCAUGGAUGGGCUUAUGCAUGGCCAAGGAGCCUAUUGCUGGACAGACGGAGUUACUUAUCAGGGGGAUUUCUAUGAGAAUCAAAUCACAGGAAAAGGAGCCUACACUUGGCCUGAUGGAAGCACUUAUUCUGGUGAUGUGCUGAAAGGCAUUCGUCAUGGUUUUGGAACAUUUAUUUGUUCUAAAGGUCGAGUCAGUUACUCCGGAGACUGGAAUAUGGGCCAAAAGCAUGGCAAGGGUAGAAUUGACUUUGAUCCUGAGGGCAAAUCGUUUUAUGAUGGGGACUGGGUGAAUGGAAUCAAACACGGCUGGGGAACCAGGCAGUAUCCUUCGGGAAAUAUUUACAUUGGCAUGUGGUUCAACAACGUUCGUCAUGGAGACGGAACAAUGAAAUGGUUGGACAGAGACCAGAUAUACAAUGGCCAAUGGGAAAAUGGAAUCCAGCAUGGCUUUGGACAACAUAUCUGGAUCCUGAAACGUAAGCUCCACUCUCAGUACUCCCUCCGUAAUAUGUACGAUGGAGAGUUCGUCAAUGGGCUUAGACAUGGGCAAGGGAUUUUUUACUAUGCCAAUGGUGCCAGAUAUGAAGGCAGCUGGAAAGACAAUAUGAAGCAUGGAAAGGGAAAAUUUACAUUCAAAAAUGGGCGAAUUUAUGAAGGCAUGUUUGAGAAAGAUCAUAUUGUCGAGUAUCCAGAUUUUACUAUUGACGGGCUUAUCUCCCCUGACCUUAGUCAAAUCAGAACCAGAACUCCAGUGCCAGCUGACAAUGUUUCUGUUCACUCGAAUGAAAGUAGGAACACAACAGGACCAAGUUUCCAGCUAGACAUACCAGAAUUGUUAGCCUCACUGCCAACUGAAGAGUCUGACUAUGAAGCAAGUCAGGUUCAGUUUGCCAUAACAAGACACAUAUCUGCCUUACGACGCAUCUACACCUUCUACAGCAUGCUGGGAUAUGAUGAAAGUCCAGACAACACGUUCAUCAUGAACAAAAUGCAGUUUUGGAGAUUUUUGAAAGACAUUCAUUUGCACCACGACAAGUACACUCUUACUGACAUGGAUCGAAUCAUCGGAGAAAACUAUCAAAAACAAAAGUUUGAGCUUCACAACCCCUAUGAGAAAGUUUUACAUCGUCAGUUCAUCAACUAUUUGAUUAUCAUUGCUCAUAUGGUGUACAAGAAAGAAUAUUUCAAAAACAAAGAAAAAGCCCCCAUCUUGGAGCAUUGCUUUUCUCGUUUAAUGACGGAGAGAAUUUUGAGACACUCUUGUAUGGUGAAAGGUCCCCUGUUUCAAGAGACAAGAAGAGCUAUCAAUGCAUUAGUUCACAUGGAUCAGUCUUACCAAAUCUACAGAGUUAUUUGCACACCUCGCAAGAAACCUCCCAAAGAGCCUGUUAUAAAGAUGAGAGCAUUCAUGUUCUUUAUGAAAGAGACAGGACUUAUCAAUCAGGAUCUGACCCCUACUAGGCUAGUAGAACUUCUGGCUUCUGAUAACCCCCUGGUUAUGGAUGGUCAAGGAUGUUACAAUCUUGAGCUUGAGAUGACAUUUUUGGAGUUUUUUGAAGCAUUACUGCUUUGUGCUGAAGUGUUUGUGACUGAGAGAGUUGUAAAAGAUCCCACAACACCUCGAAUCAGUUUAAGGUCUAUUCAAAAAGAAGCAAGCCAGCAUUCAUUGGUCAUUUCAAUGUCACAUAAGAUAAGCCAGCCUGGAGUUGAAGAAGAGGUUUUGAUAGAUGUGCUUGACAACACAACUUACCCUGAAGAUCAAACCUCCUCUGAGCACACACCAGUUAACCCUAACCAUUCGUCAAGCAGUCAAAGUAUACAGAAGAUUGAGAGUGAAUUUCCUCUGGACAGUGUAUCAAAUACUAACCAAAGUGCUCUUGGAUAUUUAACGCCUUCUCAAAGUAAAGAUGCGACUAGAAAAAGUCCAGCAGUCUCAGCAACUUCUGAAUCUGUGGCUAUUGAGAAGCAGAUUACUUCACCUGCAUUGAACCAGGAUGGGCAGAUAAUGGUUGCUGAAAAUGGAACCCGGGACCUGUCUCCAGAUGUUGCGGAGGUCGAAUCUGAAGUUCUAGACGAGGACACGCGCCAGUUUAACUUCUGGACUCACCAGUUGCACAUUUUUUUCUUGCGCAAGUUUUUCCCCAAGGCGCAGAAAUACGUGGAGUCUAAAAAGCAAGGUCAAGGCUGCAGGAAAACUACCGCUCUAAAGGACAGUACAGCAAGGCCAAAUACAGAGCCCAUUGCUGUUGGGAGCGCGCAGGAAGCUGCGGAAGAAGAGAACACAACCGCUUAGAUUUACUACUUUUAAAUACGAAUGAUCUGUUUAAAUAAAAUAAUGUAUAAUGAAUAAUACAGCGCUCUAUCGUAAUAAUAGAAAUCACAAAUGUGUUGUAAUUUUUUAAAAAGCAGUCUAAAGCUUUUCUUUUAGAUAUACUAAGAAAGAAAUAUAAACAUUUUAGUAAACAUUUGAAAUAAAUAAACAUAAAACAUUAAAAA